AUGCGAGAGGUAACUUCAGCCUACACCGUCUCCAUUCACUACGACCGCAGGCUGUAUCGCCAAGACAUCGCAGGCUCAAUCGCUCAUGCCCGCAUGCUCGCCAAGCAGGGCAUAGUUUCGGACGCUGAUGCGGAGGCAAUUACCAAGGGAUUGCGGGAGAUACUCCAGGAGAUCGAGGACGGCAGUUUCGUUUGGCGCCCUGAACUCGAAGACAUCCACAUGAAUGUAGAAAGCCGCCUGCAUGAGAAGAUAGGUGAUGCUGCAGGCAGGCUGCACACGGCGCGCUCACGCAAUGAUCAGAUUGCGCUUGAUGUGCGGAUGUUCGUCAAAGAUGCCGUUGGCGAGGUUCUAAGCGCGAUACACGACCUGAGAACAUCUCUGAUAGUGCAGGCAGAGUUGAAUGCCGAAGUGGUGAUGCCCGGCUAUACUCACGUGCAACGGGCGCAGCCUGUGCUGUUCGCGCACCACAUGCUGGCAUACUUCGAAAUGCUCGGGCGUGAUUCUGACCGCUUCCAGCAGACCUAUGAACGCGCCGAUGUGCUGCCCCUCGGCAGCGGUGCGCUCGCAGGCUUGCCCUAUCCCAUAGACCGCGAAUUCGUGGCGCAGGAACUAGGAUUCAGCCAAAUUUCUCGCAACAGCAUGGACGCCGUUGCCGAUAGGGAUUUCCUGCUAGAUUUUCAAUCGGCGUCGUCGAUAUGCAUGAUGCAUUUGUCACGGAUGGCAGAGGAGUUUGUGCUAUGGUCGUCCGAUGAGUUCGCGUUCAUUCGGCUCAGCGAGGAAUACACGACCGGCAGCAGCAUCAUGCCGCAGAAGCGCAACCCCGACUUCGCGGAACUUGCGCGCGGCAAGACGGGUAGGGUGUUCGGCAGCUUGAUGGCUCUGCUUACGCUAAUGAAGGGCUUGCCGCUCACAUAUAAUCGCGACAUGCAAGAGGACAAGGAAGGCUUCUUCGACACCUUCGACACGCUGCUUGCCACGCUCACGAUUUUCGCCGACAUGAUUGCGAAGAUGCACAUCGUUCCCGAGCGUAUGCGAGAGGCGGCACAGGGCAGCUACGUGCUUGCCACCGACAUCGCGGACUAUCUGGUGGACAGGGGAAUGCCAUUCCGAGAAGCUCACGGUGUCGUUGCUCGCCUGUCGCGACAUGCUGUGGAGCGCGGCGUUCAAUUCGAGGAGCUGACGCUGGACGAAUACCGUAGCUUCUCGACGCUGUUCGACGAAGAAGUGCUCGCUAUAAGUGUAGAUUCAUCAGUCGCCGCGAGGGAUGUUCCGGGCGGAACGGCGUUCGAUAGGGUGAACCAGGCAGUCGCCGACGCCAAAACCCAACUUGUUAGUGAGCGGGGAGGCUCAAAAUGA